AAAUUUUAGGAGAAGAGAACAAAGGUAAAGACAGAAAGUGCACGUCAGAGUUUAGCCAUAGGGCUGUAUAUUGUUUUUUUCCUUGGGCUAAGGGUGGAUGAUUUUGCAGGGCUUCCUUCUCAUCCACAUCUCUCUCUCUCUCUCUUUCUCUCUCCCCCAAAAGAUAAACAAUAUAUAUAGAGAGAGAAAAAAAUUCGAUGUGUUUGAAGAUGGUUUCAUGUGUUUGUUCUUACAUGCAUGCCUAUAAUUGGAUUGCCUUGGUUUUAUCAAGAAAAAGCCAUUGAUAAAAGAUGGUGAAUUAGUCUGUGUGCAGACAGGUUUGCUUCAUCUCUCUCUCUCUCUCUCUAGAAUUAAGGUUGUCUUCUGUGGUGAAUCCAAAGUGAAGGAGGAAGAAGAAGCCAUCAUCAAGAGAAGACAGUGGUUGAAGUUUUUUUGGAAGAGCUUCAAACAAAGAAACAAAAUUAAAGUAUUUCUUCUGCCACUUUCCACCUGAUUUCUUGCACCAUUUUUCACCUACUUUAAUUAGCCCUUUUCUAGGUUAGUAUUUUAUUCCUUAGAUCUCAAAUAUCUCUUAUCUUAUACCUAAGAAAAAAAAAAUUAGAGAUCUAGUUAUGUUAGAAAGUUAAUAUUUGAAGAAAAAAAUUAAACUGAUUCAAGGCGUCGGGCAGCUCCAUUUUGAAGCUGGUGAAAAUUCCGGCGUCCGAGCAGGUAUGGAAGAAAAUAUGUCAAAUUUGACUUGUGCAUCUGGUGAAGCUAGCUUCUCUUCAAACAAUGAAAACAGCUCUCAACAGCCAAUGAAGAAAAAGAGAAAUCAGCCAGGCCAUCCAGACCCUGGAGCUGAAGUGAUAGCUCUAUCACCGAGAACCCUGAUGGCAACAAACAGAUUUGUGUGUGAUGUAUGCAACAAAGGGUUCAAGAGAGACCAAAAUCUGCAACUGCACAGAAGAGGGCACAACCUGCCAUGGAAGUUGAAGCAGAAAUCGAAGAAGGAAGUCCGAAGAAAAGUGUACAUCUGCCCAGAAAUGGGGUGCGUUCAUCACGAGGCUUCGAGGGCGUUGGGCGAUCUCACCGGAAUCAAGAAGCAUUUCUACAGGAAACACGGCGAGAAGAAGUGGAAGUGCGACAAAUGCUCCAAGAAAUACGCCGUUCAGUCCGAUUGGAAAGCGCAUUCCAAAAUCUGCGGCACCCGCGAGUAUAGAUGCGAGUGCGGAACCCUCUUCUCCAGGAGAGAUAGUUUUAUCACGCACAGAGCCUUUUGCGACGCUUUAGCUCAAGAGAGCGCUAGAUCCAACCCGCUGCAAUUUACAUCACAAGACAACACGCCUUUUUCAAUAAAGAAAGAGCAUCAAAACCUCAUCCUAAAACAUGAAAUUCCACCAUGGCUGUCUUGCUCGCCUAUCAUUGGACCACCGCCAUCAUCAUUAAUCCUUGAAGAUUUUCAAGACUUCCCCCAAAACUCAAACCCUAACCCUACCAGUAGCCUCGGCCCCACCGUGCUCCCACCCUACCACCACCACUACCUGCCGCCGCCUGCAGCGCAUGUCUCCGCCACCGCUUUGCUGCAAAAAGCGGCCCAAAUGGGAGCGAAAUCCAGCUCCCAACAAUUCCCAUCCCCAUUCGGUGUCGCAUUCUCGAGAGCCGGUCACGUGACUCCAGACGGGUUUGGCCCCUCACGUGACCACGGGUUGGCCUCGUAUGCAGAUAAAGCUGCCCCCCUUCAGCUUCAUGAUCAGAUGAUGAUGAUGAACAACGCCGGAUUCCAUCAAGGGCCGGGAUUCAGCCACGUGGACUUCGAGCAACAUCAUCACAGAUUCCAUGCAAGCGCAAGUGGGAACGAAGGCGGCGACAAUUUGACGAGGGAUUUCCUAGGAUUAAGGCCAUUGUCGCAAAACGACAUUCUAAGCCUCACUGGUUUUGACAGCUGCAUCAAUAGUAAUUCUUGUGAUGAAAACCAUAACCAAAACCCCAAAUCUUGGUAAGGCAUGUGUUGGUUGGUGCGACCCAACUGUAGUCGGGCCCCCACCCGUAUCACAAACCAACAGUGAUGCACCCAUGCUCAACCCAAUUUUUUUCUCUACUUUUCUUCAUUCAUCUUGGAUCAUUUUGUUAAAUCUUCAGACUUGAAAAACCCUAUAUAUAAGUGCUCUUCGGCUCA